GUGGCCUCAACUGCUUCACGCUGCAGGCGCUUCUUGCGGGUUUCGGACGCGGGCGCGGCCAGCCAUUUUACACAUGCCAGAGAGAAGUGUGCUGGGCACAAGACACAGGCUGGAGACCCGGCUUCGUGAUAUUAUGUACAUUCUUUCUAGAGGAGUUUAGGAGGAAAUGAGAAGUAGUACGUAGGGUGCCUCGCACAGCGUCAGGCACUUAGUAGGUCCUCAGGACAUGUCAGCCAGUGCCAAACGUCUGCAAACUGUGUAAAGUGGGCCCGGCCCACUUUACAGGGGACGUCCCUCCCUCAGCGUCGCGGGACGUCCCCUGCCGGCUGCCCUUUCUCUGGUGCGCAUGGAGCAUGCGCACACAGCCCGGCCGUUUCGCCUCCAGUCCUGUUUGGCCCCGGCUGCGCGCCGUAGAGGGCUCCGUGCAUUGCCAUAGAAACCCAUGAGUGCUGAGGGGCAAGCGGCGGAGACUCCGGGAUCCUGAGGACCAGGGCGCCAUGUCUUUCCGGGACCUCCGCAACUUUACAGAGAUGAUGAGAGCCUUGGGAUACCCUCGACAUAUUUCUAUGGAAAAUUUCCGCACGCCAAAUUUUGGACUUGUAUCUGAAGUGCUUCUCUGGCUUGUGAAAAGGUAUGAACCUCAGACUGACAUCCCUUCUGAUGUUGAGACUGAACAAGACCGAGUUUUCUUCAUUAAGGCAAUUGCCCAGUUCAUGGCCACUAAGGCACAUAUAAAACUCAAUACUAAGAAGCUUUAUCAAGCAGACGGGUAUGCAGUGAAAGAACUAUUGAAGAUCACCUCUGUCCUUUAUAAUGCUAUGAAGACCAAAGGUAUGGAGGACUCUAAAAUAGGAGAGGAAGAUAUCAGCAAAUUCAAGUUUGACCUUGGCUCAAAGAUUGCAGAUUUGAAAGCAGCCAGGCAGCUUGCUUCUGAAAUCACUUCCAAGGGAGCAUCUCUGUAUGACUUGCUGGGCAAGGAGGUGGAGUUGAGGGAACUGAGAACAGAAGCAAUUGCCAGACCUCUGGAAAUAAAUGAGACUGAAAAAGUGAUGAGAAUUGCAAUAAAAGAUAUUUUGGUGCAGGUUCAGAAGACGAAAGACCUGCUCAAUAAUGUGGCCUCUGAUGAAGCUAACCUAGAAGCCAAAAUUGACAAGAGGAAAUUAGAGCUGGAAAGAAAUCGGAAGCGACUCCAGACUCUGCAGAGUGUCAGAGUAUCUACAGGCAACUCCCAAGAGCCUUGUAAAAUCAAAUGCAUCAAAAGAAAGGCUCAGGAGCACAGAUGGCUUUUGACAAGAGCCUUACUGGACAGAAGCUGUUUUAGAGGCAAUGACGGAGCUGCCCUUUUGUUUUGCCUACUUGUGUCGCUGCCAGGUAAUGAUGACUCCGACAUUGACAUCCAGGAGGACGAUGAAUCCGACAGUGAACUAGAAGAGAGACGGCUGUCCAAGCCACGGACAGCUAUGGAGGCGCUCUUGCAAGGACGACCCAGCAAACGCGUUGUGGGCACAAUGCAAGGUGGAGACUCGGACGACGAUAUGGAAGCAGCACCAGCUCUCUUAGGUAAAUGCAAGACUUCCAGCUCCAAGAAACAGGAAGACUCAGAGGACAGUGAGAUUGACAUGGAGGAUGAUGAAGACGAUGACGAUUUGGAGGACGAGAGCAUUGCUCUCUCACCAGCUAAGCCCAGUCAAAGAGUCCGGAAACCUGAGCCCCUGGAUGAGAGUGACAAUGACUUCUGACCUUCUUGCCAAGGGACCCAGGCAGACUAAAACCCUCAGAUUUGUAGGUAAAGGGGAAAUUAAAGGGUCAGAAGGAAAUAGGCAUUUUGUUGGAUAAGCCAGCAGGACUCAUUGUUAAUGAAGUAAAACCUGUUUCCGCUUUAGCCUCCUGUGUGUUACUCUACACACUCCAAAGCUUAAACAAGAACCGGAGCAAACCCCAAAGAUGAUUUUUUUUCCCUUAUCUAUCUCCUAAAACUUGGGAAAUGCACGUGUUCUUAGUGAUUCACAUCCACAGGACAAAACCUUGAGAAAUAACAGCCAACGCUGUGUAAGUCUUGCUCGUUAUUUUUGUCAUACUUUUCCUCUAAAAGUCAGCCGGACCUUCGAGUCCAGACCUGGGGCUAGAACUGGGCACAGGACUCAUUUCAGGAGCUGUGUGGGAGUGUCUGACUAUUCAUCGCAUACAGUUCAGAAUGUUUAUUUUAGAUCAGCUUUUGAUUCUAGCCUUUAUUUUCUUUCUUCUGCAUGCUCACGAUACCAAGCUUUAAAUGUAUUUUACUAAAAUUGUCUGAAGGAAAGUCAGCUGACUCAGACGAAAACUAGCUUUCCUUGAAAAUCAGGCAACAGAUCGAUGCUCCAGAUCAUACACACUCCAUUUUCUCUCAGAAGGCUGACAUUCCUCCUUAGGAAGGAGCAAAUUAAGGACAAAGUUUUGGUACGGAUUCAUGUUUCUGACCUAAAAAAAUAAACCAGAAUUGAAUUUGAUAGAAUAGCACUAGAAUUUCCCUUCUGUGAAAGGAGAAGUGACAGAUAGGUGGAGUUUGGUUUUGUCUUGUUAAUAUGGAAAGCACAGAGGAGUUUUCAUUGAUUUCACUUAUAAAGUCAGACGACUUGUGAAGUUCUUGCUUAAUAAAUUUAUUUAAUACCAUA